AUGGACUCUAUCCUCCAGGCGAUCCCUGCUUGGGUGCAUGAGCUGCCCACCGCCGCAAAGGUCGCGGCGGUCGUCGUCGGCGUCCCCUUCCUCGCCAUUGUCCUCAACGUCCUCCAGCAGCUGUUGAUCCCCAAGAACAAGUCGCUCCCCCCCGUCGUGUUCCACUACAUCCCCUGGUUUGGCUCUGCGGCCUACUAUGGCAUGGACCCGUACAAGUUCAUGUUCGAGUGCCGUGACAAGUACGGAGACGUUUUCACCUUUAUCCUUCUUGGUCGCCGCAUGACUGUGGCUCUUGGCCCCAAGGGCAACAACCUCUCGCUCGGUGGCAAGACGUCGCACGUUUCGGCCGAGGACGCCUACACCCACCUCACCACGCCCGUCUUCGGCAAGGGCGUCGUGUACGACUGCCCCAACGAGAUGCUCAUGCAGCAAAAGAAGUUUAUCAAGCACGGCCUCACUACCGAGGCUCUCGAGUCGUACGCCGAGCUCAUGACUGAGGAGACCCGCGCCUGGUUCAAGGACUCGCUCAAGGUCACCAAGGAGUCGGGCCCCAAGACGGUCGAAGUGAUCAAGGUCAUGGCCGAGCUCAUUGUCCUCACGGCGUCGCGUACGCUCCAGGGCAAGGAGGUCCGCGCCGGUAUGUCUGCCCGUUUUGCCCACCUGCUCGAGGACCUCGACAAGGGCUUUACCCCCAUCAACUUCAUGUUCCCCAACCUGCCCCUCCCUUCGUACCGCCGCCGCGACCGUGCCCAGAAGGAAAUGUCCGACUUUUACCUCAGCAUUAUGGAGAAGCGCCGUUCCGGCGAGCACGACCACGAGCACGACAUGAUUGCCGCCCUCCAGGGUUCGCAGUACCGCAACGGCGUCCCCCUCACCGACCGUGACAUUGCCCACAUGAUGAUCGCCAUUCUCAUGGCCGGCCAGCACACUUCGUCUGCCACCUCGUCGUGGAUCCUCCUCAACCUCGCCAACAACCAGGACGUCCAGGACAAGCUGUACCGCGAGCAGGUCGAGCUCUUUGGCAACGCCGACGGCACCUUCCGCGACAUGUCGUACGAGGACACCAAGAACAUGCCCGUCAUGGACGCCUGCAUCCGCGAGACCCUCCGCCUCCACGCCCCCAUCCACUCGAUCUACCGCGCCGUCAAGCAGGACAUUGUCGUGCCCCAGUCCCUCUCGGCCCCCUCGGAGAGCGGCCAGUACAUCAUCCCCAAGGGCAACUUUAUCGUCGCCGCACCGGGCGUCUCGCAGAUGGACCCCCGCAUCUGGGACAAUGCCACCACGUGGCGUCCCGAGCGCUGGCUCGAGGUCGGCGGCGUCGCAAAGGCGGCCAACGAGCAGUACAUGGCCGGCGAAAAGGUCGACUAUGGCUUCGGCGCCGUCUCGAAGGGUACCGAGUCGCCCUACCAGCCCUUCGGUGCCGGCCGCCACCGCUGCGUCGGCGAGCAGUUUGCCUACCUCCAGCUCUCCGAGAUUGUCGGCUUGAUGGUCCGCGACUUCAAGCUCACCUUGGGCACCAAGGCAUUCCCUGCGACCAACUACAACUCGAUGAUUGUGCUGCCCGAAGUGGGUUUGGUCACCUUUACGGCGCGCAAGUAA